AUGGCCAGCUCCAAUCCGCGUCUCCGACAAACUUCCGCCUCGAUGCAACUCUGCGACCCCCCUUACUACAACGACAGCUCUCCACAAACUCCCUCUCCCGAUCCUCUCCCCGCCGCCCUACGCAACUUUGAAUACUUGCGUCCGCUCCCGCAGCCCAAUGACACCGUCAUCGCCUACCUGGAGCCCGGACGCCCACGCUCCCUGUCCGGCGUCGCCCUCCGCGCCUUUUGCCUCGGCGCCGCGUUUUCCGCCGGCCUGCUCCUCACCGCGCUCAUACUCGCGUGCACGCCGUCCCCCGCGUGGCGCGUGCCCUUUUUCCUGCUCGUCCUGUCGACGUUUCAUUUUCUCGAGUUUUGGGUCACGGCGCGCCGCAACACACCCGUUGCCACGACGGACAGCUUUCUGCUGACGGCCAACUGGCCCGCCUACGCCGUUGCGCACGCCGCCGCGUUUGCCGAGUGCGCGGUCGUCUCCGUCUUCUUCCCGAGCCGCCGCUGGGGUGGUGUCGGUGGUCUCUGUCUCGGCCUCGGCCUGGUGCUUGUCGUGCUAGGCCAGACGGUGCGCUCGGCGGCCAUGCUGCGCGCCGGCGCCAGCUUCAAUCACCAGAUCCAGUACAACAAAGCCGACUCGCAUGUGCUGGUGACGAGCGGCAUCUACGGCUGGAUGCGGCACCCGAGCUACUUUGGCUUCUUUUACUGGGGCCUUGGCACGCAGCUGGUGCUGGGCAACGUUGUGUGCUUUUUCGCAUACGCCGCGGUGCUGUGGUGUUUCUUCAGCCGCAGAAUCCGCGUCGAGGAGGAAAAGUUGGUCGAGUUCUUCAAGGACGACUAUGUGCAGUAUCGGAAACGGGUUGGGACGUGGAUACCGUUCAUAUAG